CCACCAAACUCAUGUCCCUUGUUUUCUUUCUCUCUUUCCCACUUCAAAGCUUCAAUCUUUCUUUGUAAAAACUCAGUCUUUCUUGUUAAAGAUUCAAUCUUUGUUGUAAAGAUUCAAUCUUUUUGCUAAAAUGGAUGUUACCCUUGGUUUGUUGGAUCAUAUUCCGGCAGGUGAUGAUGGUGGUGGUGGUGGUGGUGGUGGUGUGCCUUCUGGUGGGUCAACCACCAAUAGGUCAAUCUUGACAGUUUCAAAAGAGGAUAACAAGAACACUAUGGUUAUGUCUUCUGAGGUUACUAGUGGUGAGAGUUUAGAUGGUCUUGAAUUAGGACUUGGGUUGAGUAUUGGUGGUGGUGGUGGUGGUGGUUUGAAGUCAAAGAUGGUGGCUACUGGUGGUGGUUGGAGUCAAUAUGCUAGAAUCUUGACAGCAAAAGAUUUUCAUACAUCUUUGGUUUCUAAACCUAAUUCUUGUUCUUCAUCUUCUUCUGUUAAUAUCCCAAAUUCAUCCACUUCUGGUACCAAAAGAACUGCCACUGAUUCUGUUUCUCCACCUAAUGGAACCAGCGUUGUCGGAUGGCCUCCUGUAAGUAAAGCUCACCGGAUGCCUACUUUGGCUAACCAAAUCAAGUCACCAACCGAAAACUUCGUCUCAAAACCCGAACAAAACAAAAGCAAGAACCGAACGAUUGGAAUCAAGGAUUAUUCCGAUGAAAGGAACGGGUUUUCCAACAAGAAAUACCGGUCAGUAAAAGUCAACAUCGAUGGAACUCUAAUUGGACGAAAAGUUGAUCUCAAUGCUCACACAUCCUAUGAGAUGUUGGCUCAAACCUUGCAUGAAAUGUUCUUCAGUAGAUGGUCAAGCACAGAAGCAAUUAAACCUUCAAGAUUAUUGGAUGGAACAUCUGAAUUUGUACUAACUUAUGAAGAUAAAGAUGGAGAUUGUAUGCUUGUUGGAGAUGUUCCUUGGGAGAUGUUUCUUAACUCCGUCAAGAGGCUUAGGAUAAUGAAAAACUCCGAUUCCAACGAGCUUGCACCAAGAUUUCAAGAAACGAAUGAUAGACGCGGAGACUGAUUCCGUCUAAAAAUGCAUAUAAACGUCGUUUUGUGGUAAAGAUGAACUCGAGAGCCAAGUUCUUGUUGGUUAAAGGGUAAAAAAGAGAGUAAUGGUUUGAUCGAUGCGUUUGGUUUUGUGGGUUUGUAUAAAUCCUGCAUAUUUCAUCACACACCAGGGUUUCGGGUGAGACCCGGUUUUGUCUGGAAGCUUUGUAUAAGGAAGCAUCUACGUUUUGCUGCAACAACAUUAUUAAGCAUACACAAUGCACAUGUUACUCAUAAACUGAGUUCUAUGAUAUUGUAAUUAUGGAAUUUACUAUGAAAUGAAUUAGGGUUUUUGAGAUU